AUGAAUAUCUUUUAUGAAAGAUUCGAUUCAUAUAUUAAUAAACUUGAUAUUAAAAAACGAAACAAGUAUACAAUAAAAGAUGAAAUGUAUUUGAAUAUUACAAACGUUCUUAAACAGGAAGAUGUAAAUGCAUCAGCAAAAUUCAAAUUCUGGACUCGAAGAAGUUUUCGACUUAUGGAAAUUGGCUCAUCACAUCUGAUAUAUAAUAUAAAAAAUAAUUUACCAUUAAUUACUUAUGAAAAAAUAUAUGAAAAAAUAAAUGAAUGUCAUAUAGCAGUUGGUCAUUCUGGACGAGAUAAAACAUGGGCUGAGGUUCUUAUACUUAUUGUUUUACCACUAAAUAAUAAUACUACAUUAUAUAGGGCAAAUAUUAUUCUGAACCUCAAAUUGGAUUGGCCUGAUUUGAUAAUUAUUAAUGGACGCCCAAGACAUCCACAGAGUCAGGGUCUUGUUGAAAGGGCGAAUGCUGUUGUUCAAAAAAUGUUAGGUAAAUGGUUAGAAACAAAUGAAUCUCGUGAUUGGCCUAGUGGCUUAGGUCCUGUCAUGCUUGCUAUAAACAAUUGUAGGUCUCAAAGUACAAAGAAAACACCAUAUGAAAUGGUAUUUGGACAACGUGUACGUAGUGAUCAUGAUUUUUGGUUACAAAUUCAUCAACAAACGGAAAAUAAAUCAGUUAUUAAUGAAGAAGAGUUACCAACAUCAAUUAUCGAUGAUUUAAAUUUUGGUAACGAAGAAUUCAUUGAAGAUGAUUGUUUAUGUGAUGCUACUUUUUCAAAAACAUUGGUACUUUCAUCAGAUAUUAAUAAAUUUGAAUCAAAAGAGUUAAAUAACCAUGAUUCGCAUAAACGCAUUCGUGAUGAAGCUGAAAAAAACUAUAUUCGUACAGCAGAACGUCAGUUAAAGAAUUAUCAACAACGCUUAAAAAGACAAAAAGUGUAUCAAAUCAAUGAUAUAGUGGGAUUGAAAAUAGCCGAAGUUGAUCGUUCAAAUACUGCUCCGUCGAUAUUGCCUUGUAAAAUUAUUGAAGUAAUAAGAAAAGAAGAAUCUUUAAAUACACUAUAUAAACUAGUAACCGUAGAUGGAAUAAUAACUGAUUUAUUUUCAUCAACAGAUCUUAUUGAUUUAUCUGAAACUAUUUCAGCUGAAUUACGACAAUUGGACCAUAGUACUGUACCAAAUAUUACUUUUAUUCAAGCAUGUCAAAUUUUCACACAAUUCAAAGCUAUCAAUUCUUGUAAAUGCAUGGGUUCAUGUGACACGAAACGAUGUCCAUGUAAAAGACAAUCUAUAAAAUGUUGCAGUAAAUGUCAUCGUGGUAAAUGUGUAUCGUGUAAAAAUAAUAUAUGA